AUGAAAGGUAAACAAAUGUUUUUAUUUCAUAUAUUUUAAGGUAUGUUUUUAAUAUUUUUUUUUUGUUGUAGUAUUAUCGGUAUGUUAUUUAAUAUUUUUUUUUAGACAAAGUAAUUGUUUAAGAUUAAUAUGAAUAUAAAAUUUAGCAAAAUUUAAAAAAAAUACAUUAUUUACGGAAUUUUAUUAAUGGCAAUCACUAAUCAAUAAUUUCUAACAUAUUUACAAAAUAAACAUCACAAUUUACAAUAUUUAUUAUUUUUUGUUUAUUUUUGCUAGAAUAAGAGCGUAUUUUGGACAGUUUUACAACAAUCUACAUAAUAAUUAUUUGAUGGAUUUCCAUUGUACAUUUUAAUUUUGAUUUUUCUAUGAUCUACAGUUUUCCAUUGUAAUCUACAAAUUUCCAUGUCUGUACAAUUCCUUUUUUUAGAUUCUAAGUAAAGAAUCGAAAAAUGUAUUCAUUUUACAAAGAUGUUUAUUUUUUUAUAUUGUGUACACAAAUUUUACGGUAUGAGUAUAGCACCUUUUCUGAAAAUAAAUUUUCAUGGAAUAGUACAUUAAGGAGGUCAUUUAUUGAUUUUCCCAGAAUUUUACCGAAUUAAUUGGAAAAGUAUGUUAAAACCAGGGAAAAAACGGGAAAAUAAAAAGGUACAAUGUUAAACAAAUAUUAUUAAAAAAAAUAUACAAUGCACAUGUUAUCAUUUGACCAUAAUAUGACAUAUAUAUUGUUGACAAUGCAACAUUAUUAAUCGAAUUCCGCUCAAAAUUUAUUUUCUUUAACAAUAGUUAAUAGGUGCGUUCAUAUAUAUAUUAAAUUUCCUUUCUACAUUCCCAAAUUCACACCUAAAAUAAUGGCUCACCCACGUGGAAAAUAUUAUUUUUAUUUAUUUUUCCAAUAAAAUUUUUUACCAAGAGGAAACAGUAAAACAACUUUUUUCACCUUGUAAUCAUAUUGAAUAAAAAAAUUUUAUUUUUACAUACAUUUUUAAAUGAGCCAUUUUGUAAAAUAUAUUAUUCAAAAAAUAUUAGUGUGUAGUUUAUAUGUUCAUAUUCGAAUAGUUUCUAAGUAAUAGUUGUUUUAAUGUUUAACCAAGAACAGAAUCUUAAGACUAAAGGACCAGUUUUGGAAUACUUUAAAAUAUUCCAGGUUAUUUGUGUAAUUUCUAAAUUCUAAUAGAAAUUAUCAAAUUGCAGAAUCUAGUAUUAAUUGACAAAAAAUUAUAGAUUAAUUAAUAAAAUUAAAACAAUAUUAUCUUUUUUUUUUUUUUACCCAGAUAAAUAGUUGUUUUACUAUUUAUCUGUAUCUAGAUACAAUUUUAGUUGUCUUUAAGAAACACUGUAUAUAUGUAGGUAUGUAAGAUUUAAUUUUUUAGAAUAAUAUUUAUUACAAAUCGAUUAUUUAAUUAGAAUUUCGAAAAGGGAACAACAAUAGUUUUUUUUUUUUAGUGAUUAAGAGGUAAUAAUAUAAUUUAACACAAGACCAUUUGAGACAAUCUGACAUGUUCAUUUUUUGGUCGAAAUUCUACAUAGAUUGUUGCAAUAAUGGUAGUAAUCGAUAUGAUAAUAAUGAAACAUGUCCGUCAUUAUAUAUGAAAAUUUAAUUUCAUAUUCAUAAAUAUUUUUUUUUUUUGAGCAAGUUUAUACCUGAAGUAAAUUUAAUAAAAAAUAAUUUAACGCAUUUCAAAGUGUGAUAAUGUAAUAAUUAGAAUUUGAUUGAUUUUUGUCUAUUUUAUUAAGUUAUUAUUAGGAGAGGAUUUCAAUGUAAAAUGUAUCUUUUAUUGAGUUAUAUAGACUUUCCAAGUGCAUAAUUUAAUUCAUAUAACAGAGAUUUUAAAGAUGAAACUUUUAUUUUGCAUUUUUUUUUGUAUUUUUCCACGUUUUUUUCAUUUUUAGAGCAUUAUUUAGUCAUUUCUGUAAUUUUUUCGUUUUAUUGCAUAUUUGUUUAAUGUAUAAUAUAUUGUUUGUACAUAAUACGAAGAUUGAUUAAAUAUCCUUUCAUAUAUUUAAUCUAUGAUACGAUUGAAUAGUUUAAAUUUAGCUAACAAAAUUAUUACCCAUGUUUUUCAUGGUUCAGUAAAUCAGUCAAAUACAGCCCCCAAAUCAAUACUAUCGUCUCGUCACAAGUCGAAUUUUCCAAUUCUCUGUUUUUUUUUUUUUUCUAAUUAAUAUACAAAUAUUAUAAAUUACCCAAUAAAACAAGAAAUCAAAAAGUGUAUGUUCUUAUUAAAGAUUUUUUUCCAGAGUACUUUUUGAUGAUUUUUAGUACAUUUAAAUCCGAGCCCUAUUUAUUGGCGUGCGCAGGAUUUUUUCAUAAGGCAUACCAUAAAAAAAACAGACCUUUAUUCCUUGGCCAUGAAUCCUACCCACUAAACAAACAAUAUAGUGAAUACAAAAUAUUAAUUGAUUAAAAAUCAUAUUGUUCACCUACAUAGUAUACUAGUAUUAUAUUAUUAUAUAUCUCAACAUAUUUUUAAUUAUAAAUUAUAAAAUUUGUCAAAAUUAAAAAAAAAAUAUAUCAUCACAAUUACAAUAGGCCCUGAACUCAAGGCAGUGAUAAGUAAUAUCAGAGUGAGUGGUUGCCAGUUAAUUUGAUUUAUUGGUUAUACUAUGACAAUUUUGCAUACCAAAUUGAUUAGCAUUUAAUUAAAUAAAAUCCAAAAUGAGUGAAUUUUGUUUUCAACCCAAAGGCACAUCCUGUUCUCACGCUUAUGGCCCUAUUUAUUAUACAUGGUAUAGGUACUGUGAGUCAUUAUACACAAAAUUAUUUUAAUUAUUUUAAAAUAUUAAAAUUUAUUUUUUUAGUUUUAAAAUGUAUACAUUAUUUUACAUGCAUAGAUUCUUUUAUUAUUAAAUCUAAAAAUAAAUAAAAUUAUAUGUGUUUAGUUAUUAUUUUAGAUUCUGAGGGAACGAAGGAGAAUCUAUUUAUGAUUGUAUGUAUUUUCUGUGAACAACUUUUUGAACAAAAAAAAUCGAUCUAAUAAAACUGACAAGUAACCUUUCGUUGGAUUUUUAAUCUAGUCAGUCCAUUAAAAAGGUCCCUUGUAGUUUUUUAAUUGGAGCAAUAUUUUUGGUAGAAAUUUUAAAGCGUAAAAAUAAUGAAAUCGUAAUGCUGUAAAUUUCUCAGUUUUUAUUUUACGUCUUUUCUUGGUUUAAUGAAUUAUUGAAAAUGCUAUACAAAAAUAAAAAAAAAACUGUUUUAGUCACUAACUUGAUUGAAAAUUAAGAAAAAAGAUAUCUUAUGGUUUUUACUGAACCGAGAUUUUAGGUUGAAACCAUAAACCGUAUAAAUUUAAGAUAAUGAAAGUGGUAACGCCUCGGUGUGCAGUAAAUAUUUGUUCAUUUUUCUUAUAAGUUUGUUUUCGGUUUUUCUAAUCUUUUUUAAUAAUUUAGUGUAUACCUAUGAACAACGAUAAAGCAUUGUUAACGAAAAAACGAUUCUAAACGGAGUUCAGUUGAUAGUGGUGGUCUAUCAACAAUAUAUAUGUCAUAUUAUGGUAAAAUAAUAAAAUAAGCAUUAUAUAUUUUCUUUAAUAAUAUUUGUUUAAAGUACCGAUUUUCAGGUUUUUCUUACACUUUUCUCGGUUUUCCUAUGUUUUUUCUUGGUUUUUCACAUUUGCUGAGAAAACUUCCGAGAUGAUCAAAAAAUAACCCAAAAUACCUCCCCACACGAAUUUUUUUCAGAAAAGGUGCUAUACUUUAAAAUAAGAGCAGAAUCUCUGAUAGAAAAGUCCACAGAAAAAAUAACAAACAUCAUUGUAAAACUAUAAGUUUCUUCGCUCAACUCAGAAUCUAAAAUUGACAAAUGACCAAUAAAAAAAGUUGAGUAUAUAUCGUAAUUUCUAUACAGUAAAUACAUUUUUUACAAUAAUCAAAUUAUAUUUAAUAAUAUAUAUAUAUAUAUAUAUAUAUAUAUAAAUUAUAAUAAUUUAAUUAUAUUCUUUCUUUCUAAAUUUUCAUCUGAACUUAAAGUAAUGACUUACUCCUGAAUUUUUUUUCAACCAUUUUUUAGGGUUUUUUAUUCGUCCUUGUGAUCAAUAAUAUUUACAAGUAAUAUUAUUAUUGUAUGUUUCAGGAGCUAUGAAAGUUUUACUACUAGUUUUAUUUCUAGUAUCCCUGGCUAUAGAAAGUAGUUGUAGAGUUCUGACUUAUGAAUGGGAUAAAAAGUGGUACUAUUGCGGCCAUAUUCUCAGAGACAUUAUGGAGCAGGCGUGCGUCCGCAGACCAGAUGACGCCAGUUUGUAUAUUAUUAUUAAUUAACUAAUAAAAGAAUUCUAUGAAAAUAAUUUGCUAUUCAGAUUACUUUACCUGGUUUUAAGUUUAAAGUUUAUUCUAUUUUAUACUUAAUGGCUAUUCUUAAAUUAAAUUUUGUUUAUAAUGGACAAAAACUGAUAUUUUUAAUGGCGUGUUGUAAUUCCACGUUUUAAACUUAGAAAUUAACCUCGAAAAUUGCUUUGAAAUUGUAUUUUUUGAUAGAAGUAGUAAGUCUUCUAAAUAUUGUUUUUGCAAUGCAUCUGUAAAAUAUAUUUUUUUUUAAUUUAUUAAAUUUAUUACAAAAAAAAAAAAACAUUUUGCAGAUGUAUUGCAUUAUAUUGUAAUAGUACAUAAUAUUAUAUUAAUUAUAUGCACCUCUAGUUUAAUAAUAUAUUAUUCACAUAUUAAGGAUAUUACUUUCAUGACUGUAAUUAUUCCUCAAAAAAUGCAUGAUUGUUUUAAUUUUAGCUAUGUAUAAGAAGAUAGGUAUCUACUAUAAUGAUGUGUAUUAAAAGGAACGAUACGUUUAAAGUUUUUGUAGAGGUUAUGCCAUAUUUGACACUCUUAGAACUUCAAGAAAGGGGAAACUGAUCUAAAUUUUGUUCAGGUAUUUUUUCUUUGAGUGACCCAAAAUCUAAACGCAUUGCUACUUUUUUCCAAAAACAAUAAAUAUAUGAGUUUAUGGGUUAAAAGAAAACAAACAGUAUUCUGACAAGAAUACUAUUAUAACUAUACCGUAUUAUUAAUUCUGAAAUAAUGAAAUAAAUUAUAAUUUAAAAUUUUACUUAAAAAUGUAUGAUUUAUUGUUUUGCACAGUAGGUAUCGUACAACUAAAUAAACUGUGGGUUUCUAUAUUAUUACAUAGUAUGAGUAUAAUUAGGCGAAUCAUCUAAUAAAUUAAAUUUAAAAAAAUUGCUAUAAUAAACUUGUUAAUUAGUAUGUAUGUUAAUAAUUUCUUAUUAUGAUUAUUAUAUUAAUAUAAAAUAUAAAAUUUAAGUCAAAUUACUUAUUUUUUUUAAAUAUUUAUAGAAAAUGUAGAUUUCAUUUUGAAUGUAAACAAUUUUAAAUUUAAAUAUAUUUAAUUACCUAUAAUAUACAUAAUAAAAUUAAACCAUAUUUUGGGUAGUUAUAUGUAUAAAAAAAAAAAGAUGCGGACUUUUCAUAGAUAAUCUAUUUUUAUAAGGGAGAUUUGAAAAGGUAGGAUGGAUAGGAUAAUAAUUUGGUUAAACUCCUAAAUGACACAAUAAAUCACUGUAAUAAAAUACAAUUCUGAAACAACUUUUGCUUAUUAUAAAUUGUAUACAUAUUUUUUACUAUAAAAUAAACUGAAACUCUUCCUGACGUAAUUUCUCACAUUAAUAUAGGUACAUUAUUAUACAAUAAAAAAUUGCUUUAAUGUUAAUAUUUUAUGUUUCAAUUUAUAAAGUACCACAAAUGAGGAAAAAAAGAUCAAUAGGCAUAGCCACCCGCUGUUGCAGAGUCUCAGAAGAAAGAAUCGAUCCGGAAAUUAAUGGCUGCUCAAUUAAUGACAUGUUAAACGACUAUUGCGAUCAUCCAGAAAGGUAUUUUAUUAUUUUAUAAAUGAUGAUAGUUUAUCGAAAUGUAUUGAAAUAUAUAAUAUUAUAAUCUCUUUAAGAGCUUUUAGAUUUUUUGAAAUCUAAUUUUCUCCAAUUUUUUAUAUUUAUGAAGGCAAUAUACUUUUAAAAUUAAUUUGUAUUAUUUUAAAUUUUCUAUUUUAUCGGCAUCUCAUCAAAAAAAUCCAAAAGGCAUAAAAUAAUAACAUAGUUUUUUUAAUGGUUUAUUUUAAACACAAGGUUAGACCUAGCCUUCAUUUAGGAAGAAGAAGUUAAUUAAAAAUUAUACGUAUUUUAUAGUAAUUAGUAUGCAGUAUGAACAUACAUUUUUAUAUAAUAGUAAUUAGUAAUAUGUAUAUUAUAUUGAAUAACAAAUUAAAUUUAUUUAUUAAAUUAUAGAUUAUUUAGAUUUUGAUUUUAAUGAGGAGUGUAUUGGUUUUACAAUGAUGAUUAUCUUAAUUUAUUUGUAUUUAAUACUGUGUACAAAAUUUCUCCUAGAAAUCUUGUUCCAAUCAAAACAUUAAAAAAGACCUUAUUUGUCGAAUUUUGGCUCUAGUUCGUACUUUAAAAAGGUCAUUUUUCGAAAUUCACAUUAGUACUUGAUUUAAUAAGGAAAAUCUGGUUCUUUUUUUUUAAACGAUUAAAAGAUUAAAAAUAACGUUUUAAUUUAUUUAUUUAUUGCUAUUAUUAAGUUUCAAUUACUUUAAACAUUGAUUGUUUUUUAAACAAUCAUUGUUAUCGUGAAAAUGUAUAUUGUUGAAGAAACAAUAAUAUUGACCGAGCUCCGCUAAGAAUCAUUUUUCGUUAGCAAUGAUUUUUUUCAAUGAAAUCUUUGCGUACAGAUAUAAAUUAAAUUCCCUUCUACAUUUUACCUACUCCACUUCUUAUCCAUAACAGCGAUCCACUCAUUUAUGGGUGCGAAGUAUGUCCGUCCAUUUACUACAUUGUUUUACAAUGAUGAUCACUUUUUUAAUUUUUUUUUUUUUUGUAUUCAACUUUUCCACUAGAAAUGUUGCUCCCGUUUUCAACUGCAGCACAUUUUCUGAAAAAAAUCUGACUGGGAUGGUACUUUAAGGAAGUCAUUUAUUGAUUUUCACAGGGGUUUUUAUAAGAAAAGGAGUAAACUGAAUAAAACUUUAGAAAAAACGGGAAAAUUUCGAAAUGUUAUAUAUUUAAUUUAGUUUUUGUUUUAUUUGUAGAAACUUGAAGUUUAUAAAGAAAAUUUAUAUUUGCCUUUUAUAGUCGUGGUAAAAUACUCUGUGUAAAAAAUUAUUAUUAUUAGACUAAAUAAAAAUGCUUGAAAAUUUAAGAGGAGGUUCAUUACUUCUUACUUACUUACUUUCUACUUCAUUACUUAAUAUAGUCAUACUUUGUGGUAAAAAAAAAAAAAGAGUAUAAUGUAGAAUUUUUUAAUGAAAAUUUCGACGAAAAUCUUAUAGUAAAAAAUAUAUUUUAUGAUGUAUUAUAACUAUUGAAAAGUAUAAUUAUUUAAAAAUUGUUUUUUUUUUAAAUUCUGAGCGAAGUGGGGAAUAUAUUGGCUUUAAAAUGGUGUUUAAUACUAUUAAAUUGUUUGGUUUUACAAUUUUAAUUUUAUUAUUAUUUUUUUUUAUCUGUAAACAACUUUUUUACCAGAAAUUUGGCUUUGAUUUUAAGUGUAGCACUUUUUUUAAAAGAAGAUUUGACUGGAAUGUUACUUUAAGAUGGUAAUUUUUUUAAUUUCUCAAGGGUUUUUAUAAUAAAUGGGAAAACCGGUAAAAAACAAGAAAAUAAAUACAAUUUUAAACAAAUAAUAUUAAAAAAGAUAUACAAUACACAUGUUAAUUAUUUUCCCAUAAUAUGAUAUAUAUAUAUUGUUGAUAAAGCCACAUUAUCAACCGAACUCCACUAAAAAUCAUUUUUCGUUAGUAAUGGUAAAUCGUUGCGUACUGGUAUAGAUUAAAUUUCUACAUUCAACAGAGGCCCACCCAUUAUACGAAGUAUGUCCAUUUGUUUUUCAUUUACAAUCGGAAUAUAUUUUUUUAUAUUUAAAACUAAUACUGUGUAAUAUUUAUAUAUAAAUAUAAUCAAGUUUAAUGUACAUCAUGUUACAUUAAUGCGUUAUCUUUGUAGACGCAUAUUAUGUACAUAUUUUUGAAUAUAAAAAUAUAAAUUCUUUAAAAUCAAAUGGCAUAAUAUAAAAAUUAAGCAAUUACAUUAAUAAACAUUUUUAAAAAAAUACUGUUUAAUAAUAAAAAAAUUAAAUAUACAUAAUAACUACAUACCUAUACAUGUAUUUAUUAAGUAUUAUGUUGAAGAAUAUUAUAUUUUGUCAGUAAGAAAAACCAUUCUUUAAAAAUCCUUGAUCAUCUACAGUUAUCAUGUUUUCUUAUAAUAUCUUUAAUAAAUAUAUCUCAGUUUGUUGUCCACACGUGUCCAAACUAUUCUAGAUGUUUACACUAUACAUUUUAUAUUAGAAUGUUAGGUUUUCCAUUCAGAUGAUAUAAUACUUCACUAAUACAAAACAUUUUUCAUAUAUUCCUUUCUUAUUUCACAAUUUUUCCUUCGUUGAGGAAUGUCUAUGAUUUAUAAUAUCUAAUAGUAUUUUAUAAUUAUUUACAGAGCUGACAGAUCGAAACCGCUUAAAAUUAUCGAAAAUGGAGGAAUAAGUUCAGCUACAGAUACGUUUAAAAAUAUAGAAACUACAGCUACACCAUAUGUAACUUCCACUACUACAAAUUCUAAUAAGUUCAGUACAACAACUAAACUACCAAUUUGUAGACGUGGACUUAAGAGAAUGUACAUUGACAAGAAACUAAUUAUUACAUGUCCACAAUAG